AUGGCGAUUCUGCAAGCUUUCUUGAUAGGCUUGUGCACCAUUGCUUUUUAUCAAAGUUCAGUUAAUGCAAAGUUUUCGAAGAGCAUGUACAUCACCUGGGGUCAGCAGCAUGCUGCAAUUCAAGGCAAUGGCGAAGAUGUCCAACUCGUGCUCGAUCAAACUUCAGGAUCUGCUGUUCAAUCAAAGAGAGGUUUCUUAUUCGGAAGCAUUGAGAUGCUCAUUAAGUUGGUACCUAAUAAUUCUGCAGGCACAGUAACAGCUUUCUAUCUCUCAUCUACAGGAAGCAAACAUGACGAGAUAGAUUUCGAAUUCUUAGGAAACGUUUCUGGACAACCUUACAUUAUCCACACAAACAUCUAUACACAAGGAAAUGGAAGCAGAGAGCAGCAGUUUUACCUCUGGUUUGAUCCAACAGCUGAUUUUCACAACUACACCAUACAUUGGAACCCAACCACAGUUGUGUGGUACAUCGAUGGACUGCCAAUUCGUGUAUUCAGAAACUACGAAAACGAGGGCAUUGCUUACCCCAGCAAGCAAGGGAUGAGGGUUUACUCCAGCUUAUGGAACGCAGAUAACUGGGCAACCAGAGGCGGACUAGUCAAAAUCGACUGGACCAGCGCCCCAUUCAUAGCUAGAUUGCGCAAUUUCAGAGCGAGAGCUUGCAAGUGGGAUGGACCGAGCAGUAUCACGCAAUGCGCCGCAGCUACUCCUGCAAACUGGUGGACAUCUCCUAUAUACAAGCAGCUGAGCAAUGCUAAGUUAGGCCAGCUGAAAUGGGUUAGAGACAACCACAUGAUCUACGACUACUGCAAAGACACUAAACGAUUCAACGGAAACAUGCCUGUGGAAUGCUCCAAACAACAAUUCUAA